GCUGUGUUUCUUAGUUACGCCUAUAGUUCAAAGUACAAAAGAGGAUUUUUUAUUUGGGAUAUUUUAUACUAACUACUUCCUUCUUUAUAAAUCACUGCAGCGUUUCCUCAUUCUCAGAGUCUAAACAGCGCCAAGACUGAAGGAAAGGGGAGAGAAAAGCUUAUCAGUGCAGGUUUAUAGACCAAUAACCAUCUCAGGUAUACUAAAGACUCAUCGUGAAUCCGUCACUGCUUCGAGAGCUUCACGAGGAAACAACAAGGAACAAAACUUUCUCAGGACCAGCUGAGCUGAUUAUUCAACGCCGAUGACAAACAGGAGUGAAGCGAGCCAAAGCUGAACCAAAAAGCAGGACAGAAGAAGCACACAGAUUUAGUUGGAGGAUGUCUGUGCCAGCUAGAGUCGUCCACAAGAGGAGGGCCACUAUCACAGAUCUGCCUCUCUACUACUCUGGACACCUGCUGAAGAAACUCGCCACAGAGAAGGAUUUCAAGAAGUACUACGCAGAGCUCCGUGGAGCCACACUCUUUCUCUACAAAGAUGACACACAGGACACAUACACAGAGAAGCUGGACCUGGAGAAGCUGAAGUCCAUGGAGUUAGAUUCUCCGUAUCAGAGGAAGACACCGACUAUCUUCACCCUCACCCUGCACACAGAGGAGGUGCAGCUAAAGAUGGACAACUCUGACACAGGAGAGGAGUGGAGGGGUUACAUCCUGACUGUGGUCAAAAAAACGAUUCCCAGUAAGCUGCAGCUGCUGCCUGGCCAGAUGUUGCUGCUGCAGGAUGCUCUGGACCAGGAGAAGAUAAGAAAGCCCCCCACGGCGCAUCCACCCCUCCCACCCCGACCAUCUUUCCUCGUCUCAGCCUCACCCUCCCCACUGCCCUCACCCUCCACUCCACCACCCAAAGACGAGCCUGAACCCAGCGCCCCAGAGAUUCCUUCGUGUUUCUUCAGCGUGACUCGGCAGGAGGCUGAGCGAAUGCUGGAGGCAAACCCCGAGAAUGGAGGCAUCAUCCUCCGUCCGUCCACCCUCGCUAACAACUACGCCCUGACCCUCAGACAAGUGAUGCCCAGUGGGCCGGUCAUGAAGAACUACAGAGUGACCUCCACAAACUCAGGGUUCGUCAUUGAACUGGACACAGCAGUGACCGUCUCCUCCUUGGAUGACGUAGUUAAAUACUUCCUGGAAAAGACAGAGUACCGUCUUCAUCCCUAUGUGACGUCUCAGCCCUACGACACUCGCAUCGAAAUGUCAGCUGCUCCAAAGUGUGUCAGCAUCGCCUCACCUACACCUACACCUAAAAUAGUACCCCAGGCAGAAGUGGCACCUAUGCAGCAUUCAAAGACCAAAGCAGAGCUUCUGCCGCCUCCAGCUAACCCAGAGGGUGAAUACGUGGUUCCUGAUGAUCAGUGUGGUUAUCACAACCUAAAGAUAGUUCAAUUGGAUGGAGAGCUUCGGGAAGUUUUAAAGUUACGGAGGGAGAACUUGUACACUGAAACUGACAAAGUGGAAGUCGUCGCAUAUGUGAAUCAAACAAGAGAAAAAUCCCACUCAGGCACAGCAGAGUGGGCGCCAAAUAGUUCAGAGACAUGAAGAAUGCACUGUUGUUGCUCGGUAAGGACCUCAC